AUGACGGUCACCUACACGGCCCUAGUAGCCAACGCUCGCUUCUGCGGCUUCUCCAAGCUCCUUCUAGCCUGGAAAGGAAGCAUAUACAAGGUUUUGUACAAGGAGCUCUUUGGGUUUUUUACAGUGUACACAGCCAUCAGCAUCACUUACAGAUUAUUUCUCCUGGAGGACCAGAAGAGGUACUUUGAAAAACUUGCAAUCUAUUGCAACCACUACGCCAGCCUGAUCCCCAUGUCUUUUGUGUUAGGUUUCUAUGUGACACUCGUGGUGAACCGGUGGUGGAGUCAGUACACCUGUAUCCCGCUGCCCGACCGACUCAUGUGCGCUCUGUCGGGGGGGCUGCAGGGCUGCGAUGAGCGGGGCCGCCUUCUUCGACGCACAAUGAUGCGCUAUACCAGCCUGUCCUCGCUGCUCAUCCUGCGCUCAGUCAGCACCGCCGUCUUCAAGCGCUUCCCGACCAUGGAUCACGUUGUAGAAGCCGGCUUUAUGACCAGAGAGGAGAGGAAGACGUUUGAGGGUCUCCGGUCACCUUAUAAUAAGUACUGGAUCCCCUGUGUGUGGUUCACCAAUCUGGCAGCUGUUGCUCGCUUUGAGGGCCGCAUCAAAGAUGACAACACUCUGAAGUUAUUGUUGGAGGAGCUCAAUGCGUUUAGAGGGAACUGCAGCAUGCUGUUUCACUACGACAUGGUCAGUGUGCCUCUGGUGUACACACAGGUUGUCACCCUGGCAGUGUACGGGUUUUUCCUAGUGUGCCUUGUUGGUCGGCAGUUCCUGGACCCGGCCCAAGGCUACCCAGGACACGAACUCGACCUGUAUAUUCCAAUUUUCACCCUGUUGCAGUUCUUUUUCUACGCCGGUUGGCUGAAGGUUGCAGAACAGCUCAUUAAUCCCUUUGGUGAGGAUGAUGAUGAUUUUGAGACCAACUGGUUAAUUGACAGAAACUUUCAGGUGUCCAUGAUGGCUGUGGACGAGAUGUACGGCGACCUGCCUACCCUGCAAAGGGACCGAUACUGGGACGACUCCAAUCCGAGGCCACCUUACACAGCCGCCACGCGCUCUGUCCCCCGCAAACCCUCGUUCCAGGGCUCCACCUUUGACAUGGUAAUUCCCAAAGAGGAGAUGGCCUUCCAAAGCCUAGGAGGUAUUGCAGAGAACCUGGAGGAGUCCGAAAGCGGAAACCUCAACCUGUCCCUCCUUAAACACCUUUUGAACGAUGGGCCGUCUCCAUCUGGCCUUAUGGGAGACGCCCCCCUCCACACCUCGUCCCCACUGCAGACGCAUGGUCACCCCCAAACAUCACCAGUGCCCAGCACUGACGACGACAGUGACAGAUUCCAGACUCCUGGCACCAACCAGAGGACCAGAAGCACCAUCUAUAGCUUUGUGGACACCACCAGCCCAAGCAGGGCACUGGGGUUUGAUGAGUGUCAGGAAGCAGCUGGGAAGGAUCGAGGAACAGUGUCCGACCCCCCGCAGCAGUACUCCGUGCUCCGUCCAGGACUUCUUCGCUAUCCAACCAAUCAGUGA